UGUAAAGAUUAGGAGAAACAACAUAACUGUAGGUUCUGUCCUUUAGCAUCUCUUGAUUCUGGUUUCGGGGUAGUCCUGCAAUGACAUUCCUGUAGAAACUGCUUAGUCUUACUCCAGAAUAUGAUUUAAGUCUCACAUCUGGAUUUACUAAAUACUGCAAAGAAAAAAAAAGAAUGGCUGCCUCGCUGCCAUCUGAUAUCUCUAUCGCUGCAACUGAUCAUGUCUUUCAUGUUGAAAAACAAGAUCAGCUACAGCUUAGUCCUGAAGACCAUCAGCAGAUAACUGAACGGAACAAAUGGGUUCUUGAUUCACCUGACCCUCCUAGUUUUUGCCAAGAGAUUCUUGGUUCAAUCAGAAAUACUGUAUUUUGUAGGAAUAACAAGACACUCAGUUCGUCACAACGUCCAUUCGCUCAGGUUGUGGCGUUUUUGCGUUCCGUGUUUCCAAUACUCAGCUGGGCUAAAGACUACAAGCUUUCCACGUUCAAGAGUGACUUGCUUUCAGGGUUAACCGUUGCCAGCUUAUGCAUACCCCAGAGUAUUGGAUAUGCUGCUUUAGCUCAACUUAAACCUCAAUAUGGCCUAUAUACUAGUCUUGUGCCUCCUUUAAUAUAUUCGACUAUGGGGACUUCACGAGAGUUAGCCAUCGGUCCAGUGGCGGUGGUUUCACUUCUGAUAUCUGCCAUGGUAUCAAAAGUAGUAAAUCCUGUGCUUGACCCAGUAUCCUAUACAAAGCUUGUGUUCACCGUCACCUUCUUCACCGGCAUGUUCCAAGCUCUUUUUGGAUUGUUCAGGCUGGGUUUUCUCAUUGAUUUUCUGUCACAAGCGGCUAUCGUGGGGUUCAUGGCAGGUGCAGCCAUUGUCAUAGGUCUGCAACAGCUAAAAGGUUUGCUUGCCAUAAGCCAUUUCACCACAAAAACUGAUGUGGUUUCUGUGUUGAUUGCUGUUGUUAAAUCAUUCAAGACUUCAUGGUCUCCUUAUAAUUUUAUCCUUGGAUGCUCAUUCCUCAUCUUCAUAUUUAUCACGCGGUUUAUUGGAAAAAGGAACAGAAAGUUAUUCUGGUUACCAGCUAUUGCUCCUCUAGUAUCAGUCAUUCUCUCCACCGUGAUUGUUUACCUAACGAGAGCUGAUGAACAUGGAGUUAAAAUAAUCAAACAUAUCAAAGGAGGAUUGAAUCCAAGCUCGGUUAGUCAGCUGCAGUUUAACAGUCCACACCUCCGGGAGUCAAUUAGAAUCGGGCUCGUUUGUGCCAUCAUUUCUCUAACGGAAGCUUUGGCUGUUGGCCGGUCUUUUGCAACAAUCAAUGGGUAUACUAUUGACGGAAAUAAAGAAAUGAUAGCUAUCGGAUCCAUGAACAUUGCUGGAUCUAUGUCUUCAUGUUAUGUGGCAACAGGUGCAUUUGCACGCACUGCUGUUAACUUUUAUGCUGGCUGCCAAACCGCAAUGUCUAAUGUAGUCAUGGCUAUCACUGUGAUUGUAAUGCUGCAACUGUUAACGGGGCUUUUAUACUACACUCCAGUUGCUAUACUAUCAUCAAUUAUUUUAUCUGCACUCCCUGGGUUAAUUAACUAUAGUGAAGCUUAUCAUAUCUGGAAAGUCGACAAAUUGGACUUUUUGGCUUGUGCUGGAGCUUUCUUUGGUGUGUUAUUUGCUUCGGUAGAGAUGGGACUUAUGAUUGCAGUUGCUGUUUCAUUUGCUAAGAUAAACCUUAGUGCUUUACGACCUCGUGUGGAAGAGCUAGGGAGGCUUCCGGGAACAGAUAUUUUCUGUGAAGUUAGUCAGUACACUGUGGCUCAUCCGGUUGCAGGUGUUCUAAUAAUCCGCCUCAAUUCUGGCUUGCUUUGCUUUACAAAUGCAAAUCCCCUUAGAGAUAGGAUACUGAAAUGGGUAGCCGAAGAGAAAGAAAAAGAAGCUAUGAAAACACCUAUCACUGGAGUAAUCCUCGACAUGUCCAGUGUGACGAAUAUUGAUUACGCUGGAAUUAUAGCAUUGGAAGAAACCAAUAAGAAGUUGCUUUCAAAAGGCAUCAAAUUAGUCAUCACGAGCCCAAAAUGGCGAGUGAUUCACAAGCUAAAGCUUGCAAAGUUCGUUGAUAAAAUUGGAAGAGACUGCAUCUUCCUCACUGUUUCUGAAGCUGUUGAUUCCUUAGGUAGUUCCUAGUUCAACUGUCCUGGCAAUUAUUGACCAACGUUUGUAUCCUCGACGUCUAGUAACCGCGGUUGAUCCCUCAACCAUUUCAUUAAAAGCCGAACUCGUCCAACAGUAUGAAGAAUGAAUUUUAGUUUUUGUUGAA